AUGCUAGAGAUCCCUGCUGGCACAAGGAGGGGUUUUUUGUAUGCUAGAGAUGACGAAAUCUUACAAAUAUUCAAGAGCCGUUUGGACAUUGAGCCUUUGUACACAGAGUUACAUGAAGAUCUAAAGGUAGUAGUGGUAAAUGUCUCAGACAGCAAUGCUCUGUGGAUUGACAACGAAGAUGCAACACCGACUGUUCCGUGUGUAUUUCGGUGCAUUCACGGAAUAGAAAUAGAACAUACAUCAAUCAAUAUUCUGCCUCAGGAGGGAUGGGAGGAGCUUGUGGAUUGCUGGUCGUGCCAUAAUUGUGAGUUUAAGACUGUGCUAGAUCUAAAGCCAAAGCCCAGAAAGGAAGGCAUACUUGUUUCAGACUUCUUCUUGCUUAUCAACGACAUGGAUCUUCCUGAGUGCUGUAAGAAGAACACGCCAUGCAUCAGAAAGCUGUUCUACAAUGAACUUGUGCUUGAUGGAAUACCUGAAACUGCAAUUAUAUACUCAUAUCUAAACACUUAUUUCAAAACCAAUGCUUCACUGUUUCUUGAGGUAAACCACAAAAAGUAUGAAAUCAGAUGCUUCUAUAAGGCAACGCUGGUUUCAGCAAAUGAUGAUGCACUUGAAAAACAAGAAUCUAUUAAAGUUGGGAUUAAAGAAACACACAAAAGAUUCGAGUCCAGUAAUAACAUAAACCAGUUCUAUUCACAAGCAAUAUGCAGUACCAUAAUGUCAAAUAAAAUAGGGAUCAGUAUGCUAGGAUACUGUAUAUCUUUCAUAAUAAAAGGCAAUUGA